AUGUCAGAACAGAAAAUUGCUGAGACCAAAAGAUGGGAGCUAGGACCAGAAUCAGAGUACAGAUUUGAGCUCGACCCUGGAGCAUCUCUUGCAAUCAAGCUUGUUCAAGGCCAUGCCGAAAUUUUUGGAUUUGAGUUAGCGGAGGGCAAGGUACAUCUCUUCGGCUUUGAAUGCAAAGCUGCAGUGUAUACAUGGAAGGGCUGCGUCAUUGAGAUAAGUGAACCAUCGACUGAAUACAUCUCAGAUGAGACACCUAUGAGGUCCUAUGCAAAUUUGCAUAUUGCUCUUGAGCAGAUGCGUGUCCGCGCUCUUAGGCAAAUACGUGGUUCACCGAUUCCGUCCCAUGACAUACCGAAGUACGACCCUCCAAGGGUGCUUGUUCUUGGUCCCGAGCAUUCGGGCAAAACUACCGUCUGCAAGAUUCUCACUAACUAUGCUGUUCGUGCUGGUCAAGGGUGGUCACCAUUCCUUGUGAAUGUUGAUCCGAGCGAGGGUGGUUGGGCUGCACCAGGAGCGAUAUCUGUGGCCCCAGUGUAUGCUCCCAUCCCAACAGCAUCUGCUGCAAAUCCCCUGGGGUCCGCAGCGACGACAGCACCUGUAUCGCUAUCCUCUAAUGCACUCCUCCCAUUGGCAUAUUGGUAUGGCCACCCGGAAACGAAGAGGAACCCAUUGUUAAUGGAUAGAUUGAUACGAAACCUGGGAGAUAACAUUAAUGACCGUUUUGAACUCGAUAACGAAGGGAGAGCUUCGGGUCUUAUUGUCGACACACCAUCUUCGUUUGCAACAGGCCCUACUGCUAAUAAUCAUCGACACAAAUUAAUUAAAGCCUGCGUUGAUGCAUUUAAAAUCAACAUGAUUAUUGUCGUAGGGCACGAGAAACUUAACGUUGAGGUGCAACGCACUUAUGGCUCUCUGCUAUCAGUUGUGAAGAUUCCGAAAUCAGGUGGCGUUGUUGAGGUAGAUUAUAGCUAUCGCGAGAGGGUUCACAACUAUGAAAUGCACACAUACAUGUAUGGUCAAGUUAUCCAAGCCCCCACCGGAAUCACGAAUGGAACAUUGGGUGGCGAAAAUUUAACCGACCUUGUCCUGUCGCCAUCGUCUACGGUCAUCAACUUCGGUGAUCUGCAAAUAUAUCGAGUAGGGUCUGAUGCAAUGGCUCCAUCCGAUGCACUUCCCGUAGGUGCGGCUCGCACAGUAUCGGAGAUGCAGCCAGUAUUGGUCGAUCCCGCAUCCCCGGGGUCUGGUCUUCUUAACUCUGUUCUUGCCCUCCUUGCCCCACCCAACCGUGACGAGAACGAGCGAUAUGACGAAGAAGUUCUCGACUUGACGGUUGUUGGUUUUUUAGUAAUCACGAAUAUUGAUAUACCCAAAAAGAAAAUGACUGUAUUGGCUCCAAACCGCGGGAGUGUCGUUGGAAGGACCGCCGUCAUUGGAUCUUACGAAUGGCAGGAUCAGUAG